UGGAGAUGAAGUCAACUGACCAGUGCAAUUUUCACUGCUUAGCUAAUCCCUGUCAUUAUGAGAGGACUAGCUGACUGAAAGGAGUGUGGUCAUACCUGUGAUUAAUACAAUUUAAGACAUGGACUGGAGCCAACAGAUGCAUCACCCAGACACCACGGGAACAUGCUGCUCUGAUGCUUAGCAUUAACAGGCCUUUAGAUUAAUUACUCAAAAGACUUUUUUUGUGAGUGCAUGGAGAGUUUGGAGCAGCAAGUAAACAGCAGCAGCCUCGGGCCAAUCAAUAGGGCAGAUGAGGCUUUGAUCAAGGCCUUUGUUCCCAUCCUGGAUGGACUAAUUCUGGUGACUGGCUUGGUGGGUCAAACCCUGGUCAUCAUCAUUCUUACUGGCAGGAGGAGGAAAAAAAAUCAACCCCCGCAUGGUACAGACACCCUGCUGCUGGGUCUGAGUGCUGCAGACCUGCUGCUGCUGCUCUGCCUGCCUUUCCACACCUCUGCCAUCACCCUGGGCUUCUGGCCUUUCGGCAGCUUUCUGUGCAAGGCCAUCAGCUUCCUGGGUGUGGCCUGCUCAGCUGCGUCAGUCUUCACCCUGGCAGCUUUGGCUGUGACACGUUACCUUACAGUGGUGCACCCCACAUGGGUGUACCGUUCAAGAUUGCACCGACGCAUUAAGCUGACAGUAGCUCUACUCUGGGUCCCUGCCUCGGCCUUGGCUGCGCCGCAGUUUGCCUUCCGCACAGUUACCGCCUCCAGCGCAGUGUACUGCUUUGCCUUCCUGUCUGACUUCAGCCAGCUGGUCUACAGCAUUGCCCUCUUCCUGUUCGGCUUCGCUCUACCACUGGGUAUCAUUGUACUGAUGUAUGCCAAGAUCUACUGUUUUCUUCGACAUGCAUGGCUGCUGGGAAACGCUCCCCAGCUGGAGCGCUAUCAGACCCAGGUCACUCACACUUCAGCUCUCCUGGUCCUGGUGUUCACUCUCCUCUGGCUGCCCUCCUAUGCCCUCAUGUUCUCCUUAAUUGGAGGAACCGUAACGGGCUCAUCUGGAUACAAAACCAUUGCAAUCCUGGCCAGACUGUUGGCAUCCUCAGUAGCAGUGGUAAACCCUGUACUAUAUGGGUUUAUGUCACGGAAGUUUAGACAAGACUUACUAGAGCUAGGGAGGAAACUCUGGGCAUGGUGCAAAAGCUGUCCGAUUGGUUGCCCUGAUGUGAUGGGCAGGGACAUGGUACAGCCCUUUGAGCUGGACACAACUUCAGAAAGGGGCCAAAACUGACUCUUUGGCCAGAUAACACUGCUACGUCAUUACUCACUUGAUGCUUUACUAUAUCUACAUAUACAGUAUUUACUUACUUAUUUUUCACUGUAUGGAAUUUUACCACUGUAUGUAAAGAUUACACAUGCAGUGCUCAAAGUGAUGUUAAAUGCAAUGCACUUCAUUCAAUUGUUAUGUAUUAAAUCAGGUAAAAACUAUUCAUGUAUGAACUAAAAAUCAUAUUUUCCUCUUUGCUAGUACCUACUUAAAAUUUGCUUGGAUUUCUUACCUCGAGAAUUUGAAAAAUGAGUAUGUUAAUUUGAACAGCAGAAUGUAGUAAAACAGUGACAAUAUGAGCAUAACAUCAUAUUAUGAUUCUACAUCUUCUCUGGAACUAAUACAAGUGUAUUAGUUCCAGAGAAGAUGUAGAAUCAUGACCU